CACGUUCAAAUUAUGCAGGACGAGUUUACGGAGCGCCUGAGAGACUUAUCUUUGGCGUCUAGAAUAUUGGCCCAGCACGGAGUCGUGGAUGGAUUCGGCCACAUCUCUUGUCGAGACCCCCGUGCACCAGACGACCACUUUCUCUUGUCACGGAACUUGGCGCCUGCUCUCGUAGUCCCUGAGGACAUUGUAGUCUGGCGGAUAAUAGAUGCUCAACCAGUGAACCCAGAUUCUCCUCGCGGCUUUCUGGAGCGCUCUAUCCACAGUGAAAUAUAUCGACAACACAAGGAUGUCCAUGCCGUCGUACAUUUUCAUUCGCCUGAUGUCAUACCGUUUGGCGUCGCCCCCAUUCCAUUCAAGGCGAUCUUUCAUAUGGCGUCUUUUCUGGGAUCGUCCAACCCACCCAUAUUCGACAUUGCUCAAGAUUUCGGCCCUUCCACGGACAUGCUGAUUCGCAAUACGACGCAUGGCGCCUCCCUAGCUUCACUCUUUCUUCCACCCGAACAAUCCCAGCUUACGAGACCUCUUGUCCUCAUGCGUGGCCACGGAGCAACUCUCACCGCACCUUCGCUCAAACUGGCCGUGUUUCGCGCGAUAUAUACGCAAACAAAUGCACGCAUUCUUACCAGUCUGAGUGCACUUACGGGUGGUCAAUCGAACAUCAAAUUCCUGUCUCAAGAGGAAUGCCAACAGGCAACUGAGAGUAUCUCAGGACAAGUGGGGAGGGCGUGGGACGUAUGGGCACGUGAGCUCGAGGACAAUGGACAUUCGAUGUGA